UAAAAGCAUGGAGGCUGCUGUAUUUUUGUGCUUUGAUCCAAAUAUCACUUUUGCUAGCGAAUUGCCUUUCUUAGGGAGAACUUAGGCGAUAUCGCUAUUUUCCCAUUGAUAGAUUCGGCCUCGGUGUUUUGGGCGGCUCGAGACGGAGCAGCAGCGAUGGAGUGGUUCGGGACUGGAAACUCCCCUAUGUUUCCCGAAGAAGAAGAAGAGGGUUACAGUGCCUCUGCCUCUUCUGUGCCAAGUACCUUUCACAACUCCUCACUGCAGGAGGUUGCCAGUGCAGAGUCCAUGGUAUCCCUGUGCCAGAGCCAGCAGAAGUGUGUGAAGGCCUCCGUUUCCAGCUGGCAGUUAGUGGAGGCUCAGGACCAGCUGUGUGGGAUGGAGCUGCACGGCUCCGAGAGCGUCGAGCAGGAGCGCGCCCGCGCUGUCGCCGGCCAAUCAGAGCUCUCGCAGACUGAACAUGAGUGGCGCCGGAAGGAGAGCAUGCUGGGAGGCAGCAGGAGCCCCGUGCUGAGCGCUGACAGCAGCCGGGACAUGUUCGACAAGAGUAUUAUUAAUAGUAAAAACGUUGAAUUGGAGGUUCACGACAAGAGCAAAACCUUUGUUCAGAAGUAUGAAAAAGAAUUGAGACAUUUUGGCAUGUUGCGGAGGUGGGAUGACAGCCAGCGCUUCCUGUCUGACCUGCAUCACCUCAUCUGUGAGGAGACGGCCAACUACCUGAUCCUCUGGUGCUUCAGACUUCAGGCCGAAGAGAAAGAGGCGUUAAUGGAGCAGGUAGCUCACCAGGCUGUUGCUAUGCAGUUUAUCCUGGAGAUGGCCAGCACCUCCCAGCAGGAUCCCAGAGGCUGCUUCCGUCAGUUCUUCCACAAAGCCAAAGCAGGACAAGAGGGGUACUUAAACAUCUUCCAUGCUGAGCUAGAGGCCUUUAAGCAGAGAGUAAAAGAGUACACCAUCAAGUUCAAAGGAGAGACCCCCUCCAACGACACACCGCUCCAGAGCAGUACAGCACGCUGUCAUCUGGAUCCCAAAGAGGUUCUAGAAUCUUUACCCCCAGAACUGAAGGCAGGGUUCCAGCUGCAAGACAUGCAGAUUCUCCAGAAUGUUCUCAGCACCAUGAAUCCACAGGUGGCAGAGUACCAUGUGAAGCGUUGUCUGGAGUCUGGCUUGUGGACUAACAAAGAAGGGAGACGGUCCAAGGAGGAAGUUAAUCCAGAAACAGAUGACCUGCGCAUGAUGGAGACAUAAUGACUGUGGUGCAAGCGCCCUCCAUCUCUCCCAUCUCCCCUCUAGGAAUUGACACUCUCAAUAGGAAAAGGGCUGAGCUCCCCACAGAGACUUAUUUUUGUAUGCAGCAGAAUCUGCACCUGAAUGUGUCUUGCACUUUAUAUUUGUUUCAAAACAAACUAUUUAAAGAAGGCGAGUGGUAGGUAUUUUGAGGCACUUACUGUACCUUUUCUCAUAUAGCUAGAGUAUCUCUUCUCAUGUCAUAUCUUGUUUUAGCAGAGUGAACCUUGCUUUGUAAGGAAGUCAUCUUUACACAGGAAUUUACAAGAGCUACUUCAAACUUUUAAGAAUUGUUUUUGUUUUUAUAUUUUGGGGUAUUCCUGUGACUCUGUUUAUCAACCUUAUGGGUGUGAAGGGAGAGAAGUCAUCUACAGUAGGCUUCACUGGACUCGCAGGUAGGAAGUCUAAUGGGUAAGAGCGUUGGGCCAGUAACAGAGAAAUUGGCCGUUCUGCCCUUGACCAAAGCAGUUAACCCCCAACAAUAACUACUGCUCCCCGGGCGCCGACGACAUGGACGUCGAUUUAAGGCAGCCCCCCGCACCUCUCUGAUACAGAGGGGUUGGGUUAAAAGCGGAAGACACAUUUCGGUUGAAUGAAUUGUUGGGCAAAUGACUAGGUAUCCCCCUUCCUUUAGUAGGAGAGGAAAAACCUGAGCAUUACAAUCAAACCUGCUCUUGUCGUAAAUAAAAGUGCACAUUGUUUUGGUUGAAGAAACAAGAGGCCUAAUCCUGGAGUCAUAUUUCUGCAGUCUCUAACGUUCUGUCCAACACCGCUGAGCCACUACUGCAUGUGGUUAAAACUGUCAUAGACGCGUGCAAACGCUCUGGGCCCAUAUUCACAAAGCGUGAGUAGGAUCUGGUCCCACCUCUAAUUCAUAAUGGUUUAUAAGGUCUGGUCCCACCCCCCCUCCUAAUUCAGAAUGGUUUAUAAGGUCUGGUCCCACCUCUAAUUCAUAAUGGUUUAAAAAGCUAAACUGAUCUCAGAUCAGCACUCCUACUCUGACACUGUGGAUGAGGGCCCUGUGCUCUUUCAGCUCGUGUGUGUCCAGUUUGUCAUUAGGCCAAUAUUUAAUGCCGAUAUACUACCAUAGUGUAGCUAUGACGACUUCACUAUGCAAAGCAAUGAGUUUGCUGUUAUUUUGUUUUUGUUACUGCUGGUCACUCAUCCUCAACCAACACUCCAAAAAAUGUCUUGCUCUGUCCAUCACAGAAGAAUAAGCUUCUCAACAUAUCAAUGUAUGGCUGCUAAACUCAACUGCUCACAUAAUUGAUUGUGAAACUGGAAACAACCUGUAGAACUUACUCUGGCUGCCAUAAGGUGAAAACAUCCUGUACUAGUCUGUGCUCUGUUUGAAAUGGAACCGCUUUAAAUCAACUGUGCAGGGUAAAUGGCUAUAAUACAUUAGGUCUACCUGAACACAGUUUAAACGUUCUGCAAAAGUCUAAUAAAAUAAAUUAAUGGA